AUGGUGGUGGUAACUAACCUGGAGGGUAUAGGUAAGACGGUCGUAGGAUCGGCAUAUUUUCCAUAUGAUAAUAAAAAUAAUCCGCCAAUUGAAGUUCGUAGGUUGGUGGACUACUGUAUGGAAAAGGGACUUCCUCUGCUGCUGGGCUGCGAUGCAAACUCACAACAUACGGUGUGGGGGAGCUCAAAGGACAACCAGAGAGGACAGGAGCUACUGGAAUAUCUAAUCGGAACGAAUCUAGAUAUUCUCAACACGGGUUCGACCCCGACUUUUAGCAAUGCGAUUAGGCAGGAAGUGAUUGAUAUCACUCUCUGCUCCAAAAACAUUGGAAAUAAGGUAAGAAGAUGGAAAGUUUCUAAUGAACCUUCUCUUUCUGAUCAUUCACAGAUAGUCUUCGAGGUGGAGUCUGCGGUCCGAUCCGAAACUAAGUGGAUUCGUAAUGUGUGCUGGUGGAAUGAGAGACUAGAACAUCACAGGAGAGAAACCAGGAGACUCUUUAAGCGUGCCAAGAAAAGGCGCACGACUAAUGGUUGGUCUGAUUUUAUGAAAAUGAGAGACGACUACAGAAAUGAAGUAAGGAAAGCAAAACAAGACAGUUUGAAUGCUUUCUGCUCUAGCAUCGAAAAAGGGAAAGAGGCGGCCAGAUUGGAUAAGCUGCUCGCUAAGAACCCUGAUGCAAUUCUGGGCACUUUAAUGUUGCCGGACGGGACUUUCUCUGAGUCGGACGAUGGAACCUUGGCUUGCCUGGUCCAGGAACACUUCCCAGGCUUUUCGAGGUCUGGGGAGGGCGGAUCCGAUCCUGAGCCGCCGACAAAUCUUCCGCAGGCUGAUUACCGGUCGCGGAGGCAGUUGGCUAACAAGAUUGUGACUGCCGAGAGGAUCAGAUGGGCCACGGAAUCUUUCAGCCGUUACAAGUCUCCGGGUCCUGAUGGCGUCUACCCAGUCCUCUUGCAAAGAGCGAUGGAUGAGGCUGUUGGACCAUUGGUAAGGCUUGCUAGGGCGAGUCUGACUCUGGGAUACGUACCGAUAGCGUGGAUGGGUACAAAAGUUGUAUUCAUACCUAAAGCGGGCAAGAACGGUUAUACCUCACCGAAGGAUUUCCGUACUAUUAGCCUUACAUCCUUUAUCCUAAAAUUAGUUGAAAGGUUGGUGGAUAGAUAUAUUCGCAGUGAGAUUUUGGAGCGGUUCCCGCUACAAAAGGAUCAAUAUGCGUAUAGAGCGGGAUGCUCUACGGAAACAGCUCUGGCUAGAGCAGUAGACCUAAUUGACGGGCAACUGCAUAACGGGGGCGGUGCGUACAACUCCUACUGCUGCCCUUGGUGCCCUCUUGGGGCUAGAACCCUUACACCUUACAAUUAA